GGAUCCAAAGCCCCGCCAGCGUCCACCCCGAGUCCUCCCCUCGUCAGACCCGACCCGUGCGCCGCCACCCACCAACAACUCCCUCCCCCACGCCGCCGCAACGCUCGCGUGCUCCAGCCGCCGCGCCCCCCUCCCAGCAAUGGCGGCCGCGCCCCCGGCCCCCGCCCCCGCGUUCCGCCUGGGCUUCGUCGGCGCGGGGAACCUGGCCGAGAGCAUCGCGCGGGGCGUCGCGGCGUCGGGCGUCCUCCCGGCCUCCGCCGUCCGCACCGCGCCCCACCGCCGCCCCGAGCGCGCCGCCGCCUUCGCCUCCCUCGGCGCCACCAUCCUCGCCUCCAACGCCCAGGUCGUCGACGACAGCGAUGUGAUCGUCAUCUCCGUCAAGCCCCAGAUUGUGAAGCAGGUUCUGGUUGAGCUCAAGCCCUUGCUGUCUGAAGAAAAGCUUCUCGUCUCCAUUGCCGCCGGCAUCAAGAUGAAAGAUUUGCAGGAUUGGUCUGGUCAGCGCCGAAUCAUUAGAGUAAUGCCGAACACUCCCUCUGCCGUCGGACAAGCAGCAUCAGUGAUGUGUCUAGGAGAGACGGCUACUGAGAAUGAUGAAAAUCGUGUAAAGAGCUUAUUUAGUGCCAUUGGAAAAGUUUGGACAGCCGAAGAAAAAUAUUUUGAUGCGGUUACUGGCUUGAGUGGUAGUGGUCCGGCCUACAUUUUCUUGGCAAUAGAGGCCAUGGCUGAUGGUGGAGUUGCUGCUGGGCUUCCUCGGGAUCUUGCUCUUGGUCUUGCAGCUCAGACAGUUCUAGGUGCUGCAACCAUGGUUAGCGAGACGGGUAAACAUCCAGGCCAGCUGAAGGAUCAGGUCACUUCCCCUGCAGGAACUACGAUAGCUGGUGUUCAUGAGCUCGAGAAGGGUUCGUUCCGUGGCACACUGAUAAAUGCCGUUGUUGCUGCCACAACAAGAUGCCGAGAGCUCUCAAAAAAUUAGUCCUAUAAAUUUAUUAGCCCUUGUUAGGUUUGCUACGAUUCUGCAAUAAAAUGGUGUAGACAUGAUUUAUGAGAUAUUUAAAUCUCAGACUCGAAA